AUGAGGUCCACAUUGCGGCGCUGCCUGCUCCCACUCCGGAAAACAGGCUCUUUUAGGAAACUGCUCCGUCCUCUAGCGCUGGUCGCCCUACAAUUACCAAAACCGCUUCCUUUGCCUUCAGGUCUUCACUGUAUAAAUGGGCUACCCCAAGGGCUGGUUGCUUUCCUGGAGAAAAACGACUUUGAUCCCGAGGAGCAGGAAAGAAAGGCCAACUUGGGUGCUCUAGUCGACGAAAUGCGCCUGCUUGUGCCCGGAAUGGUUCAUGAAACGCUUCCAAAAAGCAUAGUGCUGCCCGAUAUAAUGCUACGGAUCUGCCCUUCACAUUUCGACCAGAUGAACGCUUUCUUACCGAAUAUAAAGGGGCACGUUUCGUAUUACGCCACCUGCAAAGCACUCCAGUUGUUCAUGACGUCGGUAGUCGUGAACCCUAAUGUUCAACUUCACAUCCAGAGCUUACGAACCACCACCGCCUCAGACUUGCCUUGCGUUUACCCACACUCACAGAAGAUCAUAGUGAGAUGGACAACCUGUCCAGAAGGCUGUACUCACCUAAGAAGAAAGGUCAAUGGUAGCCACAAAACAGGAGAUGCUAAGCUAGGCAGCCACCGAUGGUCCAGAAUCGACACUGACAAGUUUGUAGAUGCUCAGGAGAACCCAUACAACUGGCUGCUUUCUUCAUCGUUGGCUGGUCUCACCAAAGGCAUUAUCGGGCUCAAAAAAGAGGAGGAGGAUUUGGAGAGGGUGGUGCUGGGCAUCUUUAUCUUCGAACUUAACACAAAAAACGAUCAUAUCGUCGCACAUACCAUUGAGGAUAUGGAUGUUAUCGAGCGCAGGGAACUGCAAGGCGUUGAUGGCAAACUACGUGUGUGCUAG